AUGACAAGUCGAGUGAUUGAGCGACCCAAUGAUCUAGAUGUGGAAGCUCCGGAAUUUCCACAUCACGAGUUGCGUCCGUUUGAUGUUUUUGACUCGUCCAAUGACCCUUCGAGUCUUUCACUCCUCAUUCUCAACACAUCCAUGGAAGGGAUCGACAUUCGCCAACUCUGGUCAAGAUCUCACCUCCAUAUCUGUGCAGACGGCGGAGCCAAUCGGCUAUUCGACUAUUUCGAUGAUGAAGAACGCCCUAAGUAUGCUCCGGACUAUAUAGUUGGAGAUUUGGACUCGUUGCGGCCUGAUGUUCGCACCUACUAUCAACAAGUUGGCUCAGUGGUUAUUGAGCAACAAUCCCAAUACUCAUCGGACUUCACCAAGGCCGUCAAGGUGGCCAUGAUCCACCACAGUGACCUCUGUGAGAAAUUGAACGUGCCAAUAGAGAUCGUCGACGGUCUCUCCGCCGUUCUCUCACAAGUCUCUACGUUGCACCCAUGCUCUAUACUAGUAGCAGGAGGAAUGGAUGGUCGAUUCGACCAGACGUUCCAGCUGAUCAACCAGCUCUACAGCUUGCAUUGCGAGUACUCGCAUUUGCAUAUUUUCUUUGUCAGUGGGUCGGACGUGGUGUUUUUGGUGCCCAAGGGCAUUACCUACGUAAGGUAUAGGCACCGGAAUGGGUUUAGUGAGGAUGCGGUGCCCAAAUGUGGUUUAUUGCCGUUUAGGGGCCUGGUGACCUUAAAUACAAAAGGCUUGUUAUAUGACGUGGAGAACUGGCCAUCGUAUGUUGGAGGCAAUGUUCUGUCCAGCAAUGGCAUAGUUGGAACCUCUGGAUUUAUAGUGGACUCCACUGAAGAUAUUAUCAUGAAUGUCGAGAUUUCGCUGGCACGAGAGUGA